UUGUUUGCGCCAAAACUUUCCCCAAAUUUCUUCCAAUUUUCUUCUAAAACCCCAUUUUCUCUUCUUCCUCUGCAGCUCUCUCUUUCCCUUCUCUGUUUCCUUCAAUGUCAUCUGAUUCCUCUUCCGAUUCCUUUUCUUCUUCCUUUCAACAAAUACCCAAUACCUAAUUUCCCAUUUCACUCAAAUUCUUCCCUUCCCUUUACCCCGUUUCUCUGCAUUUUCUCCCAACCGCUCCCCUUCCUCUACUUUCAUCUCCUUCUGAUUCCUUCCGCUUCCUCUUUUCUGGGCUUCAAUUCCCUUUUCUUCCCUCGAUUCUGGGUUUUCUUCGCUUACCUCAACUGCGUAUGCUUGAUUGGGCCUUCGAGAUCUUCCUUCUUUUUAGGGAUUUCUACUGUUCCGUUUUGUUAUUGGGUUUACGCUCUAGUUUGCUGCUGCUGCUGUACUGGAAUGAAUAGUGUGUUCAGUGAGCAAAUACUUGCUGAUAAGCUGUCGAAGCUCAAUAGCACGCAGCAGUGUAUUGAAACUUUGUCACAUUGGUGUAUAUUCCAUAGAGGCAAGGCUGAACUAGUUGUUGCAACAUGGGAUAAGCAGUUCCACAAUUCAGAAAUGGUCCAGAAAGUUCCUCUUUUGUAUCUUGCUAAUGACAUUUUACAAAACAGCAAGCGUAAGGGAAAUGAAUUUGUUACUGAGUUCUGGAAGGUUCUUCCAUCAGCGCUUAAGAAUGUCCUUGAGAACGGUGACAACCAUGGAAAGAAUGUAAUUUCCAGAUUGGUAGAUAUAUGGGAACAAAGGAAGGUAUUUGGAUCUCGGACUCGAAUCAAAGAUGUAAUACUUGGGGAAGAAGCACCUCCUCCUUUAGAGUUUAGUAAAAAGCGUACUCGAUCAGUCAGAAUUGUCAAAAGAGAUUCACGGUCAAUUAGAACGAAAUUGUCUAUUGGAAGUGCAGCUGAAAAAAUUGUGUCAGCAUUCCACCUGGUCCUAAGUGAAUAUUCUAAUGAAGAAACUGAGAUGACCAACUGUAAUUCUGCGGUUCAACGUGUGAGGAAGAUGGAAAAUGACGUUGAUUUUGCUUGUUCCAUGGCAAAGAAUCCCCAGCGUAAGAAGUUAGCCAAAGAACUGGAAGAGGAAGAAAGUAUUCUGAAACAGUGUAUUGAGAAACUACAAUCGGUUGAAGCCAGUCGGUUGGCACUGAUCUCUCAGUUAAAAGAAGCCCUGCAUGUUCAGGAAUCAGAGCUGGAGAAUAUUCGAACCCAGAUGCAGGUAGCUCAGGCUCAGGCAGAAGAGGCUAAAAAUAUGCAAAACCGGCUAAAUGAUGAAGGUUAUCUAUCGAAAACUUCCACCACUGAUUCAAAUGCAAAAGCAGGACAGACUCCUAAGAAGUCGGCUGCAGCCAUUGCAGCAGAGGUUGCUGACAAGCUUGCGGCUUCUAGCUCCUCUCAAAUGAUCAUGACAUCAGUUCUCUCCACAUUUGCGGCUGAGGAGGCAAAGAAUACGGGUCUAGCAAAGACCAACAAUGGAUUGAAUGCGUUUGCAUCGAAGCCCAUGCGUCCCUCUGCCGGUUCUAUUACAAAACCUGAAGUUGGUUCAGAUCCUAACGUGUUUAUGUCUAUGCAGCCCCUUCCUGCUCCCACUAAUCAUACAUAUCAAUCAGUUAUGGUGCCCCAACCAACUAUGCAGAGCCAAGCCCCGAAUUCACAAACUCAGUAUCAGAUGCUUCCGAGUGCACCUUCCCAGCAAUAUUUGCAGCUCUCAAAUGGAGUCUUAACCCCGUAUGGUUAUGGUAGUCUUCCAAGCUCAACUCCCGUACCACCACCGCCUAUGCCCCAUAUGGUUAGUCCAGUGGUGCCCUUGACCCAGCAGAUGCUGCAACAGCCAAUACCCUUAGCUCAACAACCAUCACCUAUGAUACAAACACAACCAGUCCCUUUCACACAGCAACCUUUAGCACCUAGUUUUCGACCGCUUCAGCCGCCGGGGAUGGUGUAUUAUGGGCAUCCUCCCCCUUCUCAGUGAAUAUAUUGUGCUAAAGGUCAAGUUUUAGACAAUACCACACUCGUCAUUGACGUUGAUCUCUGAAUGUACGAGCCUGUGAACGAAGCAAGAGCCAAAUCAUAUCGAGCUGUGGUGGUAAGGACUUGCGGUAUUUAGUGCAUAUUUUGAGAUAAUUAAAUUGAUAUCACUGUCUUCUCCCUCUGCCCUACUUUGUGGGUGAAGAUACAGAAAGUAUGGAAAUGAUGUAAUUGGUAUAGGGCUCUACACAUUUGGGAGAUCACUCAGCCCUAUGAUUUCUUAAAUAGGUUCCAUAUGGUUCAGUUCAAUUUUAUGAGUUCAAAGUGACGACGACGGUUGUACUGAUAAAAGAAAGAGCAGAUGACAGACAGAUGGACGACGAGCUAGCCCACACGAAUGUCUAUGUUCUUCAUUGUUGAAGCUGUGAAAGUGCUAGCAAUGGCAGGCUAGUAGACUUGCUGAAUACUGUGCUUAAUGUGGGGAAAUUACAUAAGUUAGUGGCAGCCUUCAUGGAAGUUUUAUUAUAAGGGAGUUUCUUUAGCAAUCAAUAGGGCUUCUCUCUGACAAGAUAUGAAUAUGCUUAUUGGGACAGCUUGGGAAUGAAAAUUCAAAGGCUCAAAACAUAGACAUUGAGAGCUUAGCUUUGUGAAGCUCGGAAGAAAAUGGGUCCAAGUAGCUCGAAAAUUAUAAAGGAAAAUGAAUGAACUUAGAUUAGAAGAGAGUUGAUUUUCA